AAUUCUCUCCAAAUAAUCUCUCUUAUCUCAUCGAAUUUUUCUUCUUCGGCGCUGCAAGAAUUAAAGUUACGUAACAACUUUAUCAGAAUGAGCAAAUUUCGGAAUUUUUGUACGCGAGACGAAUUAAAGUUACAUAACAGUAACUUCAUUAGCAGAGUAUUUAAAUAUAUUUACAGAAUGAAUUAAACUUUGGAAUUUUUCCACGCGAGACGAAUUAAGAAUGAAUUAAACUUUUGCACGCGAGACGAAUUAAAAAUUACAUAACAACUUCAUCAGGAUGAGUAAAUUUUUGAAUUUUUGCACGCGUGCGAGACGACGCUUCUCUACGUCGACGUGGGAUAUCCCCACCAGAGCGGGGCAUCGGCGAGUACCACCGGCGACUGCGACUUCCAGCUGACCAUCAGUCGUCAUCAGUUUCGAAUCGCGCGACGAGACGCUCCUCGUCGAGUUGGGUACUUGAUUUUUCUCCUGUCUCGCAAUAUGUUCGGACGAUGCGUGUUCGUCUUCUGGCUGCUGAUUGUCCUGUCGUCACCCGGGAUCCACUGUCGUGGUGAUGGGAAGAACGUCACCGACGUCGCGGAGCGGACGGAGAACGCCCUGGCGAAGCUGGUGAAAAUGUUCUCUAAACCGGGCGCGUUCAAGCAAAUCGACGCGAUACUAGGCGAGAAUACAAUCGAGGCGUCGUACACGAGUUGUCCUAUGGGUGACGAAGGCCUGGAGUGUCGUAGGGCCGAGGCUCGUCGAUCGGUCGAUUGUCCCAGAGGAGAUUGCUUCUGUUACGAUUGCGCUGCCGCCGGUCCUGAUUUAUGGGCCUCCUGCUGUCGCGAAAGUUUGAGAUGCUGCUCUCAUCUCGCUGCAGCCUGCAGGACGUGCGAUCAUCCGACGCUUUAUCCUUUUUGCGCGAAGCACUUCAAGAAAUGCCUGACUCAGUACAACGAGAAGAGGCAGAAUUAGCGAUGUCAUCUCGUGUCAAGAUUCCCUGGCGAUGUCUCAACUGUGAUAGUUGUUGGGUUUACCGGUUUUUGACCAUUACACCGAUGAUCUUACAAUACAAAAACACCCCUUCUCGCGGUCAGCAAAUUUGUCAAAGUUCGAUCGUAAUGAACCCAAUAUUAAAGGACGUUUAUUAGCUCGUUGGUAUCGCGCAACCAGUUUUUUAACGUCGUACUUCUAAAUCUAGCAUUUAUCUUCAAAGUCGUUAGAUUAGUUCCAUCUCUUUGAGCGCGAUUUUGUGUGCAAAAUCGGGGGGUUUCGAUCUCCGCAAAUCGAUUUUUUAUCUGAAAUCGCAUAUUAAAAUGAUAAAAUUACAGACAGACAUAUGUAUAUUGUAUUACUCGUGGAAUGAUAUUACUUACAUAAUGAUACACGCAGUAAAAUUCUUACUUAGAAAAGUAUAUAAACUAUUUCAGUUCUCUAAAAAUAUUAUACAUGAACCAAUGUGCUUGUUACAAAAUUGAGUUUGUAAAAUGCCGUUUAUAUUAUUUCAAAGUGCAAAUUAUUCCAUCCCGCAAGAUGCAUCUUAAAAUCAAAAUAAUCGAUGAAAUAUUAUCUCUUAUGGAUAUUUACAAAAAUACUUGUUUCGGUAUAUAAUUUUUUUUCUUUUUUGUAAAUAUCCACACCGAGAUGUAUAGAGAUCCAUAGGGUAAACUUAUUAUACGCAUCUGUAUAUUUAUAAAUUUAUGUGUAAAUACACGAGCGCGCGCGUGCGUAUAUCAGCAGCAUUUUACCUUUUUGAUUUUCUUGGCAAGACAUAAAAAUAAUUCAAGAAUAAUCAUAACGAAACACACAGAAUCCUGGACUCUUCGAUAAACAUUAAUUGCCAAUACUAUUAACAAAAAUUUCGCAAAUAUAUUAAUCCAGAUAGCAAACGUACGUCAUUUUAAUGUUGAAUGACAUUAUGUCAGUUUGCUACUUGGCAGAAAGAAAAAGAAAGAUAAAUAAACCGAAAAUACUAUAAAAAGAUAAAUAUAGACAUCACCCUUUAAUACAAUCAUUGGUAAGCUUUAUUCGUAUAGUUUCCAGAGAGAGAGUAUUCGGUAAUCCGUUAUUUAUCCACUAAUUCUAUAAAUCGUGAGGACACAGCUUCUCGUUUGGACAGACGUUCCAAGAUCUCGGUGUACAAAUUUCGCAACAAUUUUUCUUUGACAAAAUAAAAAAAGGUGUGCGUAUAUAUUAACACGCAGUCUUUGACAUUUCGAUCUAAUGUCAGUAGUAAACGUAAAAUGUUCCCGUGUCCCCGUAAAAACGUGCAGCCAAAGACUUUACUCCUCUAUUUUGUAUUUUCAUCUUGCAAAACACUUCAAAGAAUUCUGCUAAGUAUUUGCAGUCCCUCGUUUCCGUCGUGUAGCGAAAGGUUUUUAUUUUUUUAUUUUUUUUGUAGGAUAUAAAAUUCUCUCGCACUCUUGAAAAGUGUUUUAAUUGCUAACAGCACCACACAGAGGUCAAAGAUAAGACUAGAAAAAAAGAAUAGAAGGAAACGAUAUUUUUUUUUUUUACAUUAAUGAAACGAGACGCGAUCUCCGAUUACCGAAUAAGAUGAUGAUUUGAUGACGAUAUGAUUUUCUGUUUUCCAUCGAAACAGCGUAAUUUCAAGAGUCACACAUCAGGCACAUCUUCGCGUCGUUAGAGAGAAUUUUAUAGAAAGCUUACGAUUUCCGUUUAAUAUAAAUAUAUCGGGGAACAGAUUCAAAUUCAAGUUUUCCGCACAAUAUAUAUAUAUCUCUAUCGAGUUUUUCGUAUUUCAUUUCCUUAAGAUAUAUCGCAAGCAAACCGCGGAAUUGAAGAGCUUAUUUUCAAACCGUCUUAAGAAAGAACCUUACAGAAAAUUUCACAAAACUUAACAUUAAGUUCUCUUAAUUUAAAAAUGGAUAUUUUCUCAAAAUAGUCAUUUUUACAACAUUCGUAAAUUUUAAAUAUCAAAUUACGAUUUGACAAUGAUUUUUGCGCCAAAUUUGUAACGCUCAUAUAUUAAUUAUAUUUCAAAUUUUAAAACGCACAACUAUAUAUGUAUAUUAUAUGUUUAAUAAAUAGGAGAAAUAAAAGCAAUAUAUUUGAGCAGAAUGUAUUUGCGAAUAAUGAAUACCGAUUUCACAUGUGUACUUGUAAAUGUAUAUUUUACAUAUGUACGGUAACAUUUGUAAAGACAUACUUUCACAAAAAUGCAUAUAACAUAUAUAUAUAAAUAUAUGUAUAUUUUAUAUUUUUAUACAUUCGCCAUAUUUAAUUGUCGUUAUUUAUUAUUCGCGAGAAUACACAUCUUGUCCAAUAUUGGUCAAGUUAAAAACAUGUUAAAAUCUGGCCGGAUUUUGUUGGAUUGCAAGUCAUUAAAAAAAAAAAAAAAAAAAAAAAA